CAACGUUGUAAAUGGCGGCGUAAUAACCUGCGCGAAAAAAUUGUUGAUUUUCCUCAGUUUCGGGCAAGCAUUUGGCGUUAUCUUUAAAGUUCGGUAAACAAAAUGCUGCUUUUAUUGUGAAUCGAGUGAUUUGUAAUCGUGCAAAGACCGUAUCGUUGCGUUCGAUCGAUUUGUAUGGCCCCAGUGUGCUAUGGAGGGCGACAAAACAGCCGACAACGAGAAGGAAUUAACCUCAACAAGCAGUUCGGCUAUGGGACAGCAGCUCCUGUCAACAAAUGAAGAGGAAAAAAGCGAUUCAAAUGAUACUUUACCGACCUCGUCGACCGAUGCCAGUACUUCCAUUAAAUCGACCCAGCUGAUUUCUGAUGAUCCAAUCAGUAGCACAUCCUCAGAAAUGGAUCCGUCCAAGUCGAAACCUGCAGCGGAUCAAUUAUCUUUUGAUGUCGAUAAAGGCGUUAAUUGCUUCGACACCGAUGUUGAAUUGUUUGGAAUGUCGAUUUCCACCGAACGCUCUGAAGCAAUCGAGGAAAAUGUUGACGAUCUAGUCAACGACUUGGAAACCCUUCUAGGAGAGUCUACCGAUGACUUUAAUGUCCCGAAAAAUUCUCCCAAAAGCGGGGCUUCCGCUAUUCAAGAAGAAAUCAGUCAAAAUGCUACUGAUAAAGUAGACACGACGGUUUCUUCGGAAAAAUCCAUUGAAGAAAAACUGAAGGAACAAAAUGAUGUUGUUCAAGACGAGGGCGAACAACCUCUGCAAAUGGCUGAAGAACCAAUUAAGGAUUCCCCACAAGUCAGCAGCAUUCCUGCUGUGGAUUUAGAAAAUACUGCCAAUCAGGACUAUGAAGUUGGCGAACAAAAUACACAACAAGAUGCAACACCUGAAAGUACUCCAGAAGUUCCACAAGGAGAAGCAGAUGAAUCUAUUGAAGCGCCAGAAGCGCAAAUGGGAGAAUCUGAUCUUUCAAGCACAAAAGACCACAAAGAAGGGGCUGUUGUUGUGUCUUCCAGCCAUUCCCCCCUAUUGCAGAGCACUGAACAAGAGAUUCCCAUAGCAGAAGAAGAUCCUACCCAAACUGAGGAUAAAGAAGAAAACAUCACAGCUGAAAUAUCAAGCGCAUUGACCAUCUCCAUAAGCGCCCAAGAAGAACCGAACAAUUUCAAUUCAGGACAGCAGGAUGAAGAAAUUCCAAAAGAUGCCAAAACGGGGCAAAUAAAUCCGCACGAUGCUGAACCCGUUGAAACAAAAAUUGUUGUCGAGGAAGUGAAAGAUUUGCAAGUACCAAACCAGGAAAUUACAGAAGAAAACCAGCAAGAAAUAUCGGCGCCAACCGUUUCAGAAACAGAGCAUUCGAAAGUAGAUGCAUUAUUAUUACACGUAGAAGAACCUAUGCAGAUUGACGACGAGGCCAUAGCAAGUGAAGAGACUUCAAAACCCGACAAAGAAGAACUUACCAUUGAAGUAGCCAUUCCAACUCUAAAUAUCGAAAUGACUUCUACAGAUAAAUUGAAAGAAACUCCAGAAAUUCAAGCAGAUAUCGAAAUGUCUUAUGCAAAAGAAACUAUCGAACUUCCAACAGAUAUCGAAAUGGUUUCUGCAGAAGAGCCCGAAGAAAGCAGCAAACCUACAACAGAUAUCCAAAUAUCUUCUGCAAAAGAACCCAAAGAAACUAUCGAACUUCCAUCAGAUAUUGAACUGGUUUCUGCAGAAGAACCCAAAGAAACUAUCGAACUUCCAACAGAUGUUCAAAUAUCUUCUGCAAAGGAACCCAAAGAAACUAUCGAACUUCCAUCAGAUAUUGAACUGGUUUCUGCAGAAGAACCUAAAGAAACUAUCAAACUUCCAACAGAUGUUCAAAUAUCUUCUUCAAAAGAACCCAAAGAAACUAUCGAACUGGUUUCUGCAGAAGAGCCCAAAGAAACUAUCGAACCUUCAACAGAGGUCCAAAUAUCUUCUGCAACAGAACCCAAAGAAACUAUCGCACUGGUUUCUGCAGAAGAGCCCAAAGAAACUAUCGAACCUCCAACAGAUGUCCAAAUAUCUUCUGCAAAAGAAUCCAAAGAAACUAUCGAACUUCCAUCAGAUAUCGAAAUGGUUUCUGCAGAAGAGCCCAAAGAAACUCUUGAACCUCCAACAGAUGUCCAAAUAUUUUCUGCAAAAGAACCCAAAGAAACUAUAGAACUUCCAUCAGAUAUCGAAAUGGUUUCUGCAGAAGAGCCCAAAGAAACUAUUAAACCUCCAACAGAUGUCCAAAUAUUUUCUGCAAAAGAACCCAAAGAAGCUAUCGAACUUCCAUCCGAUAUUGAAAUGGUUUCCGCAGAAGAACUCACAGACAUUGCCCAACCUCAAACAGAUCCAGUUGUGGAUGAAUUGCCAACAACUAUCCAAGAUACAGAUCAAAAGCCUUCUGACAUUGUCCAGCCAGAAAGCGAUGGCCAAGUCGUUGACUUGAAACAUGCAAAUAAAGAUGAGGCACAGUCCAUUGAGACUGUGUUGGAUCGGACGGAAGAUUCGUUACAAGCCGAAGAAAAUCAAAUACAACCAAAGGAAGAAGAAAUUCAGUCCACAGAAAAUCUGGUACAAAUUGCAGAAGAUGUGCUGGGAUCAAAAGAAGUGGCAAGUUUUGUAGAAGAAGCUGCGAUAGACAGUGCAAAGGGUCCGGAAGAAAAACCUGCAAUUGAGCCAACAGAGGCACUUGAAUGUAUUACCCAGGAAGCUGAAGAAAGCAAAGAUGGUACAGUAAUCCAAGAUAGGGUUAUCAAUCAGCCUCAAAAUGGAUGUGAAGCUUUGCAGACAUCGGCAAUUUCAAUGAAGGAAAAUAUUGAGAUCGAGGAAGUGACUGAUGAUUUUGAAAACACUGAAAUCGUGGAAAUUCCUGCAGUAGUGGAAGAGCCAGAAGAUGAAAAUCCAGUAGUUCAAGAGCCGAAAGUUGAUCGAGAAGAUGGUAUUGUUGAGAUCACGAAUGAGCAAAUUGCUCAGGAGCAUUUAGAGGAAAUUCAGGUGGAGCGCGAAGUGGCUAGUUCUGAUCAGAAACUGUCCUUAGAUGAGGAAAUAACUAAUUCAGUUGUCUCUGAAGGAGAUGCUGUGGCUAAAACUGAUGACUCUUGUGAACAAUUACCAGAUUUUAUGCUAUCAAAAGUAACUGUUUCAACAGAGGGAAACUCUCAAGUGGCGAAAAAAGUCGACUCUGUGGAAGAGACAUUAACAGCGGCGAAAGUGAAGGAAGUGGUAAAGACGGAAAGUACAGCAAUUUUGGAAUCACAGGACGAACAUGCUGAAGAACCCCCAUCAGACAAUGUGAUUGCGGACGAAGCGACUAUCGUGAAGACUGAAGAAUUGUCGGUUGCUGAUAAAACUGUGAGUGAUAAAAUCGAAGACACCACUAAGCCAGUGGAACAUGAGUAUGUAACUCUGCAGAAAAAUGCGCAAAAUCUGCUUGAAUCAGCGAAAACUAAACCCGAAAUAAUGAUCAGAAGGAAAACUGUGGAACAGGACUUAGAAAAAGUGGUUUGUUUGAGUGAAGAAUCAUCUGACUCGGACUGCAAUGGGCCAACUAGCGAUAAACCCCUGCAGGAUUUGCCAGCAUUAGAUGAAGACGCCAAUUUAAUUAAAAUCGCUACUGAAGUUGAGCAAUUUUCCGACCCAGAAAUGCCUAUAGAAGAAAACAUUCCGAUCGAAGAAAAUGCGCCAGCCGAAGCUCAGCCUGAUGUAGAAUCCAUAAACGCUGCAUCGAAUUUGGAGACUCUUUUAGCAGUGGCGUCAUUACAGAACGAAUCUGUUACUGACACCAGAGAGCAUCGACGGUUAAGCGAAAAUGAAAUUAGGGAAAUGGAAGCCAUCAGAAUGGCGGUUGCAAGCAUUACUGAUAGCUCUCAAGACACUUACGAUAGCUUCAUGGUGGAAAAUGUGAUGACCAUGGAUAACAGUGCUCAAGACGAGCAAGAUGUGCAAGAAAUCUCUAAUUUGCCCGCAGAAUUCAUUGCAGAGGACACUAAUAUAGAAGAAAUUGCGGGAAAUAACAAAACCGGCGAAGACGCUGCAUGUGCAACCGCAGUGGUUGACAGCAAUACCUCGUUACAACAGAGCACUGUAAAACUUGAGGAAAUCGCAGAAAACAAUACUCCCAUCGCUUCUACUGCCACUCCGGUUAAUACAGACGAUCCAGAUCCAAGUACAAUUGACGAUAAUUCCCAGGCCUAUGAAGAUAACAUUCCAGAAGGAUCCAGUAAUGCCCCAGAAAUUGUCAAGGAGAAUGAGGACGUUUCAUCUGCAGGGGCUGCUGUCAAAGACGAAACGCCUUUGUUGGCAAACAUUGAGCAAUCUUGUGUGGCUUCGUCCACCUCCAAAUCACCGAAUCCGGCAGUUGAAAUACCUGAAAAGAACACUGAAACUGACAAAGACCCUGAAGUCCCUACUCCAGGUCCGGUGCAAAUCCUGCACGAUCCAGUGGUAAUUCCGGCGGUUGUAGAUGAACCCUCCGAAGAUGCAGUACACUGUGAAGACAAACCACUUCACAAAAGCACCGACAUCGAAGAGCAGGUUGCGGCUGAAAUUCCUUCAAUGACACUAAACGAAAAGAACAUUCUAGCGGCUGACUCCGCGAUGGAUUCUCCUGCAGUGAGGCAGUUGGUUGAAGAAAAACCUCCCAGAAAUCGCUCAAAGCGUUCGACUAAAAUCAGCGAACCGCUCACCAUCAACGUAGAGGAAGUGGAGAAGAAGGAAAAAGUGUAUAGCCCCAAGAUCACCAUUAAGCCACUGAAAGUGCCAGAUGAAGAAGUCAGCACCACUUCAGAAGCGGACGCAAGCAAGGGUAGCUUGAAAAUGACCAUUACCAAGCAGUCAGAUAAAAUGCAUUCAAUUCUUAAGCUGUAUAAUCCUGAAGAAGAGCAGGACAUGCUUUCUCAGACCCAAGAGGAACCGAUUCCAAAAUUGAUCAUAAAACCCAAAUUGCAACAGGUUGAACAGCAGCAUAGUCCAAAAAUGACUACUCGCAGCGCCAAAGUAUGUUCGCCAACUAGCACUCGAUGUAGCAGUCCGAGGAUCACAAUAAAACCAGUUACUAAACCUGCAGAAGCUAAACUUGACGUUCUCAGCCCUUUGAAGAUCACCAUCAAACCUGUGAUUAAACCUGACGACGCAUCAAGGAAACACAGCCCUAAGGCUGUAAAGGAUGCAGAUCAGCUGAAGAACCACAAUCUGAAAAUCACCAUAAAACCAAUUCCUAGACCGGUGGAAGAAAAAGAAGAUCUCCGCCCGUCAACACCAAAGUUGAUUAUCAAGCCAAUACCAAAACCAGUAGAAGGAUUGGCUAAAGAAGAGCUACCAGUCUGCACACCAAAGUUGACGAUUCGAGCUUUGAAAAGGCCUUUGGAAGAAACUGACCUGGACAACGAACCUGAGAGAUCUAGCCCUAAAAUAACAAUAAAGCCUUUGGUGAAACCAGCCGAGCACGAUUCAGCGCACCAAUCUAUUCAAACUACUCCCAAGAUUAAGAUUAGGCCAGUGCGAAAGCACGAUGACGGCGAUUUUAGCAACGAAGUCGAUCGCGAAGAAGGCAGCCCUAAAAUUUCCAUUAAACCCCUGGUGAAACCUCCAGACAUCGAGCCGGAUGACGAUGAGGAAGUUAAAGAGCGAAUCGUGUUGAAGAUUAACAAAGGAAAUCUGCCAUUAAACAAAGAGUCAAAGAAGCGCGAGCAUCCAGACGAAGACAAGGGGGAAAAGGUGGGUAUAAAAUUGAAGUUUUCCACUACUGGCGGACAUACGCACAUUGUCCAGGAAAAGGAAGAUGGUAGUAAAAGACAGCGGAAAGACAGUGGAUACUUGAGUAGCGCAGCUAAAAAAGAAGCUGAAGAAAAUUCACACAAGCGGCCAAUAGAGGACAAACUUCCAGAAAAAUCCAAAAGACUGCGCAGUGCUUUAACUCCGGAUAACUUGGCCGAAAGCUGCGCUGUAGACAAACUGGACCCGAAAAUUCCAUAUCCAUUGGCUGGAAUCAGCGAAGACAGAUCGCAAGUCAGUAAAAACUCCCUGCAUUCCGAGACGCCAGACAUUUCGAAGAUUGCGGCUCUGGCCGCGCAAACCACCCACAUAGAGGCUCCUUCAGUUGUAACUGUCGGCAUUGCCACUCCCACAGUUACUCCGGGCCCUAAGAAAAGGGGACGACCCAGAAAAGUGCCCCUGAAGUUUCGAGAAGAUUCUGACGCAACGAUUUCUUCGCCAAUUACUCCUCAAACCACUCCCUCUUCAGAUCCUUUAACUCCUGUGGGAAGUGAAUCCAUGAUUGUGGAGCCUACAUCUUCAGGAGGCCGGCCGAAACGCAGUUGUAGAGGUCAGAAUGUGAUGGCUACAUUGGGAAUCAAGCCGAGGAAACCCCGAGGUCGAGGGCGCGGAAGCAAAGUGAACAUGGGAGAUCGUGGACCACAAACUCCAGUUUCCCAAGUUUCCGUCGAAAUCACUGCGGAAGUUCCAGCUAAACCUGACAAGGCGGAGAAAGGGGCCAAAGCGAAAUUGAAAUUCGGGCGCAAAUCUUCGGAAAAGGAAAUCCUGAAUCAGGAUACGGAAGCAAAGGCAAAGCAAUCCCCAAAAGGCGCCCGAGAAUCAGUCGGGAAAGAGGGAAGCAGUCAGGAGGAAAACACAGAUGUAGAUGCAAAAACUGCAGAAGCCACCCAGGAACACAGUUUUGAAGAAUCGCUGAAAAGAAAGUGUGAAGACUCCGAAGACCACGCAUCCAAGAAGAAGAAGGAUGACAAAACCCCCACUAGGAAGCUAGAGGUAACCACACGGAGGCAAAAGGCGCAGCUUCAAAGAAAAUCGGAGGAUUUCACUCCGGCAGACGCCGCUCCAAGCAGCUCCCAACCAACACUUUCACCUGAUACAACUGCCAUUCCACCACCGGCUCCCUAUAAACAACCCUUAACAGAGCAGGAAAAAUUUGUGGAAUUAAACAGCAAAAACUACCCAGAUAUUACCAUUACUAAGAGCAAAAGUGUGCCAACAACUGCAGAAAUACCAAUCGAGGAACCGGUUGAAGUGGGUGUCGUAAAGCCUGAAGAACGACUGAGUAUUGACAGCAACUCCAAAAAAGAAACCGCUCUUGAUGAAGAGGACGAUGAAGAUCUAGGACAAGACGGGGAGACUAUUGAACUUGGAGACGAUAGUGAAUCUGAGCGGCAACGCGAGCAUGUUUUGCAGAAAAAGCAAGAAGCCAUCAAGAAAUGCCGCGCCAAGCGAAUGGAGAAACUAGCACGGGCCGCCGAACUGAAGCGGAAAAGACAGGAGCAAGCAGCGCAGCAACGCGAAGCAAGAAAAGCUGCAGAAGAAGCGGAAAGAGUUGCCACUGAGAAAGCACGAGCCACUAAAAGAUAUGGACGGUACGGUGUGCCCAAGCCGCAAAUAUCUCUAAUCGAUGCCCCUCUGCCAGAAUCAGCAGGAACUGUGAAAAGUCACGUGGUAGAGUCGCCGACUAAGCCGGCGAAUCAACCCGCUUCCAUUGAAGACAAAGCGGAGAAAGAGCCUUUGAAGAAUCUUGAAGGGCAUUUUACCACCAACAAGUCGCCGCAGAAGUUGCUCUUUUCGGAACCGAUGGUAGUGGAUGCUCCUGAAGAAUCUCCCGCCAAAAUAAGGCGAUCGCUUGCACGGGAAGAUGUUGUAAUGGUGGAUGAAGAAACUAGGAUGAGUGCGGACUUUAGAGGCUCGAGAUCACAAACUCCGGCUAAACAGAGCGCGCAGCCUGCAGAUAUUAUGGUGGAAGACUCUCAAGGAAGCAUCGGGACUGAAGGGGGCAAAUCGCGAAGCUCCAAAGCGCCCAAAAUGGAGGUAUUUCAGGAUCUCGAAUCCGCCGCUUACUCUGCCGAUCAGCUGGCGGAGUACUCGUGGAACGGACAAGGUCCGUUCAUGAUCCAAGAGCAAGUGACGCAGUAUUUGGGAAUAAAAUCCUUCAAACGGAAAUACCCGAACAUGACCAGACGUGCCGUGGACAUCCAGGAACGGGACUACUUGAAGGAAAGCGGCCAAGUGACAGAAGGACAGUGCGAUCUGGGCCUAACGGCGGUGGCCGCUCAAGAUAUACUGGAUAUAAUGUAUGCAGAUUUUCAGGACAAGUACGAGGAUUAUUGCAAGGCUCAGCGAGAGAAACAAGCCAGAGAGUUGGCCAACAAGCAAAAGGCUUUGAAUCAAUUCACGCUGAAGCCUGGCUUUGAUAAGCUGGAUAUUCUAGAACAGGCCGUUCAAUCGGCCGCCGCAUGGAAUUCUCAGUUUAACAAGGCAAGGAGAGAGCAAAGAAGAGCACACAUGGACCUGCAAAACUGGUCGAUUCACUACCCAAAGUCGAAAAUGAAGGUUCUGCCAGCGCCGAAAAUCGGUCACUAUCCGAUCGCGUUGGUGCCGGGCCAAUUCACCGAUUACUAUAGAGAUUACACGCCGACUGAGCUAAACAACUUGCCCCUAAACACCAUGUGCUACGACGAAAUAAAAGUGUCGCGUCCGCCUGCCCAGUCGGAGGAGUCGAGCAACGGCUCGGACUCAGACUCUGAGUCCAGUUCAGGAUCGUCCAGCUCGGGAUCGUCGUGCGAUGACGCCAACUGCAAGGAAUGCGAUAAGAAAGUGAAAAAAACGAAGGAACUGCGCGAAACCGACUCGGAUGAUGUGGUUUUUGUGGAAAAUGAUGCGAGUAGCAGUGAUUCGGUUGUUCUUGUUAGUGUAACGUCAGCGCCAGUGACUGCUUAGAAACUCCAUGUUCAACUGGGGCGUUAAAAAUUAUAUUUUUUAUUUUAAAUGUUGCAAGCAUCCGCAGGAUUAUUAUGUGUGUUACUUAAGAGGCAUGAAAUUUACUGAUGAUCCUGUAUAUACAAUUUUGUUUUGCAAUUAAUACACUUCAUAAAAAAAUCA